CCCUCGCAGCCGUGCCCCCGCCCGCCGGUCUCCUCCCUCCACCUCCUCCUCCUCCCGUUCGCCCCUCCCCCGCCGCUCGGGAGCGGAGCCUGCGAGACGGAGAAACUGGGGCAGAAGUGAAGAUGGCGGCGGCGGUGCUGGCGGCGGUGGUGGCGGCGGCUUCUCGCCAGUGACGCGCGGUGCGGGCUCAUCUCCUUCCCCACCUCCCUAGUCCGGACCCCGUCCGCCGCCGGGACCACACCGUCCCCGCAGCCCGCAGCCCGUCCCUCUCCUCCCUCCCCAGUCGCCCCCUCUCCCGACGCCCGGUCGCCGGCGGCGGCGGCGCGCCCGGGUCCCGGCCGCCGGCCUCGCACUCCAGCGCGCUGUCGCCGCGGGAGCGGGUGGCGUGUUGAUCCGCCCCGCCGGACCGCCGGGCGGCGGACACACGCCCGGCAGGGAGGCGGCGGCGGCCCCUGCGCAUUUGCUUCCCUCCAUUUGGGGACUGGGAGGCGGCGGCGGCAGUGGGUAUUGGGGAGGGGAAGGGGGUUGGGGGGGUGGGCGAGAGCGGGAGGGGGCCGUCCUCGGGAGGAGGACUAGAAGGAAGCACCAUGACGUCCAUCCAUUUCGUGGUUCACCCGCUGCCGGGCACCGAGGACCAGCUCAAUGACAGGUUACGGGAAGUUUCAGAGAAACUGAACAAAUACAACUUAAACAGCCAUCCCCCUUUGAAUGUAUUGGAACAGGCUACUAUCAAACAGUGUGUGGUAGGACCAAAUCAUGCUGCCUUUCUUCUUGAGGAUGGUAGAGUUUGCAGGAUCGGUUUUUCAGUACAGCCAGACAGAUUGGAAUUAGGCAAACCUGAUAAUAACGAUGGGUCGAAGUUGAACAGCAACUCGGGAGCAGGGAGGACAUCCAGGCCUGGGAGGACAAGUGAUUCCCCAUGGUUUCUCUCAGGUUCUGAGACUCUGGGCAGGCUGGCAGGCAACACGUUGGGAAGUCGAUGGAGUUCUGGAGUAGGUGGAAGUGGAGGAGGGUCUUCUGGAAGGUCCUCAGCUGGAGCUCGAGAUUCCCGCCGACAGACCCGAGUUAUUCGGACUGGGCGGGAUCGAGGGUCUGGGCUUUUGGGCAGUCAGCCCCAGCCAGUUAUUCCUGCUUCUGUCAUUCCAGAGGAGCUGAUUUCACAGGCCCAGGUCGUUUUACAAGGCAAAUCCAGAAGUGUCAUUAUUCGGGAACUUCAGCGAACAAAUCUUGAUGUAAACCUCGCUGUAAAUAAUUUACUUAGCCGGGAUGAUGAAGAUGGAGAUGAUGGGGAUGAUACAGCCAGUGAAUCUUACUUGCCUGGAGAGGAUCUUAUGUCUCUUCUUGAUGCUGACAUUCAUUCUGCCCACCCAAGUGUUAUUAUUGAUGCAGAUGCCAUGUUUUCUGAAGACAUUAGCUAUUUUGGUUAUCCUUCUUUUCGUCGUUCAUCGCUUUCCAGGCUAGGCUCAUCUCGAGUUCUCCUUCUUCCCUUAGAGAGAGACUCUGAGCUGUUGCGUGAACGUGAAUCCGUUUUACGUUUACGUGAACGAAGGUGGCUUGAUGGAGCCUCAUUUGAUAAUGAAAGGGGCUCUACCAGCAAGGAAGGAGAGCCAAACUUGGAUAAGAAGAAUACACCUGUUCAAAGUCCAGUAUCUCUAGGAGAAGAUUUGCAGUGGUGGCCUGAUAAGGAUGGAACAAAGUUCAUCUGUAUUGGGGCUCUAUAUUCUGAGCUUCUGGCUGUCAGCAGUAAAGGAGAACUUUAUCAGUGGAAGUGGAGUGAAUCUGAGCCUUACAGAAAUGCACAGAAUCCUUCACUGCAUCAUCCACGAGCAACAUUUCUGGGGCUAACCAAUGAAAAGAUAGUCCUGCUGUCUGCAAAUAGCAUAAGAGCAACUGUAGCUACAGAAAAUAACAAGGUUGCUACAUGGGUAGAUGAAACUUUAAGUUCUGUGGCUUCUAAAUUAGAGCACACUGCACAGACUUACUCAGAACUUCAAGGUGAACGGAUUGUUUCUUUACAUUGCUGUGCCCUUUACACCUGUGCCCAGCUAGAGAACAAUUUAUAUUGGUGGGGUGUAGUCCCUUUUAGUCAAAGGAAAAAAAUGUUAGAGAAGGCUAGAGCCAAAAAUAAAAAGCCCAAAUCUAGUGCUGGUAUUUCUUCAAUGCCGAACAUCACUGUGGGUACCCAGGUGUGCUUAAGGAAUAAUCCUCUUUAUCAUGCUGGAGCAGUUGCAUUUUCAAUUAGUGCUGGGAUUCCUAAAGUUGGUGUCUUAAUGGAAUCAGUUUGGAAUAUGAAUGAUAGCUGUAGAUUUCAACUAAGAUCUCCAGAGAGCUUGAAAAGCAUGGACAAAGCUAGCAAAACUACUGAAGCUAAGCCUGAAAGUAAGCAGGAACCAGUGAAAACGGAAAUGGGUCCCCCGCCAUCUCCGGCCUCCACAUGCAGUGACGCGUCCUCAAUCGCCAGCAGCGCAUCAAUGCCAUAUAAACGACGACGGUCCACCCCUGCCCCGAAAGAGGAAGAAAAGGUGAACGAAGAGCAGUGGUCUCUUCGGGAAGUCGUUUUUGUGGAAGAUGUUAAGAAUGUUCCUGUUGGCAAGGUGCUAAAAGUGGAUGGUGCCUAUGUUGCUGUAAAAUUUCCAGGAACAUCCAAUAACACAAACUGUCAGAGCAGCUCUGGAUCAGAUGCUGACCCUUCUUCUCUCCUGCAGGAUUGUAGGUUACUUAGAAUUGAUGAACUGCAGGUUGUCAAAACUGGCGGGACACCAAAAGUUCCUGACUGUUUCCAAAGGACUCCUAAAAAGCUUUGUAUACCUGAAAAAACAGAAAUAUUGGCCGUGAAUGUGGAUUCCAAAGGUGUGCAUGCUGUUUUGAAGACUGGGAAUUGGGUACGGUACUGUAUCUUUGAUCUUGCGACAGGAAAAGCAGAACAGGAAAAUAAUUUCCCUACAAGCAGCAUUGCUUUCCUUGGCCAGAAUGAGAGGAAUGUAGCCAUUUUCACUGCUGGACAGGAGUCUCCUAUUAUUCUUCGAGAUGGAAAUGGUACUAUCUACCCCAUGGCCAAAGAUUGCAUGGGAGGAAUAAGGGAUCCUGAUUGGCUUGAUCUUCCACCUAUUAGUAGUCUUGGAAUGGGCGUGCAUUCUUUAAUAAAUCUUCCUGCCAAUUCAACAAUCAAAAAGAAAGCUGCUAUUAUCAUCAUGGCUGUGGAGAAACAAACCUUAAUGCAGCACAUCCUACGCUGUGACUAUGAGGCCUGUCGACAAUAUCUCAUGAAUCUUGAGCAAGCGGUUGUUUUAGAGCAGAAUCUACAGAUGCUACAGACGUUCAUCAGCCACAGAUGUGAUGGAAACCGAAAUAUUUUGCAUGCUUGUGUAUCAGUUUGUUUUCCAACGAGCAAUAAGGAAACUAAAGAAGAAGAGGAAGCAGAGCGCUCUGAAAGAAAUACAUUUGCAGAAAGGCUUUCUGCUGUUGAGGCCAUUGCAAAUGCAAUAUCCGUUGUUUCAAGUAAUGGCCCAGGUAAUCGGGCUGGAUCAUCAAGUAGUCGAAGUUUGAGGUUACGGGAAAUGAUGAGACGUUCGUUGAGAGCAGCUGGUUUGGGUAGACAUGAAGCUGGAGCUUCAUCCAGUGACCACCAGGAUCCAGUUUCACCCCCCAUAGCUCCCCCUAGUUGGGUUCCUGACCCUCCUGCGAUGGAUCCUGAUGGUGACAUUGAUUUUAUCCUGGCCCCUGCUGUGGGAUCUCUUACCACAGCAGCGACUGGCACCGGUCAAGGACCAAGCACCUCCACCAUUCCAGGUCCUUCCACAGAGCCAUCUGUAGUAGAAUCCAAGGAUCGGAAGGCCAAUGCUCAUUUUAUAUUAAAAUUGUUAUGCGACAGUGUUGUUCUGCAGCCCUAUUUACGAGAACUCCUCUCUGCCAAGGACGCAAGAGGGAUGACCCCAUUCAUGUCAGCUGUAAGUGGCCGAGCUUAUCCAGCUGCAAUUACCAUCUUAGAAACAGCCCAGAAAAUUGCAAAAGCUGAAGUAUCCUCGAGUGAAAAAGAGGAAGAUGUAUUUAUGGGAAUGGUUUGCCCAUCAGGUACCAACCCUGAUGACUCACCCUUAUAUGUGUUAUGUUGUAAUGAUACCUGCAGUUUUACAUGGACAGGAGCAGAGCACAUUAACCAGGAUAUUUUUGAGUGUCGAACUUGUGGCUUGCUGGAGUCACUCUGUUGUUGUACAGAAUGUGCAAGAGUUUGUCAUAAAGGUCAUGAUUGCAAACUCAAACGGACAUCACCAACAGCGUAUUGUGAUUGUUGGGAGAAAUGUAAGUGUAAAACUCUAAUUGCUGGACAGAAAUCUGCUCGUCUUGAUCUACUUUAUCGCCUACUCACUGCCACUAAUCUGGUCACUCUGCCAAACAGCAGGGGAGAGCACCUCUUACUGUUUUUAGUGCAGACAGUUGCAAGGCAGACAGUAGAGCACUGCCAGUACAGACCUCCUCGGAUCAGGGAGGAUCGUAAUAGAAAAACAGCCAAUCCUGAAGAUUCAGAUAUGCCUGAUCAUGAUUUAGAGCCCCCAAGGUUUGCCCAGCUUGCAUUGGAGCGUGUUCUACAGGAUUGGAAUGCUUUGAAAUCUAUGAUUAUGUUUGGCUCACAGGAGAAUAAAGACCCUCUCAGUGCCAGCAGUAGGAUAGGCCAUCUUUUGCCAGAAGAGCAAGUUUACCUCAAUCAGCAAAGUGGCACCAUUCGGCUGGACUGUUUCACUCAUUGCCUUAUAGUCAAGUGUACAGCAGAUAUUUUGCUUUUAGAUACUCUACUGGGUACACUCGUGAAAGAACUCCAAAACAAAUACACACCUGGACGUAGAGAAGAAGCUAUUGCUGUGACAAUGAGGUUUUUGCGUUCAGUGGCAAGAGUUUUUGUCAUUCUUAGUGUGGAAAUGGCUUCAUCCAAAAAGAAAAAUAACUUUAUUCCGCAGCCAAUUGGAAAAUGCAAGCGUGUAUUCCAAGCACUGCUACCUUAUGCUGUAGAAGAACUGUGCAAUGUAGCAGAGUCGCUGAUUGUUCCUGUCAGAAUGGGGAUCGCUCGCCCGACUGCACCUUUCACUCUGGCUAGUACUAGCAUAGAUGCCAUGCAAGGCAGUGAAGAACUGUUCUCCGUGGAACCACUGCCACCACGACCAUCAUCUGAUCAGUCUAGCAGCUCCAGUCAGUCUCAGUCUUCUUACAUCAUCCGGAACCCACAGCAGAGGCGCAUCAGCCAGUCGCAGCCUGUUCGGGGCAGAGAUGAAGAACAGGAUGACAUUGUUUCAGCAGACGUGGAAGAGGUUGAGGUGGUGGAGGGUGUGGCUGGAGAAGAGGAUCAUCAUGAUGAACAGGAAGAACAUGGGGAAGAAAAUGCUGAGGCAGAGGGACAACAUGAUGAGCAUGAUGAAGACGGGAGUGACAUGGAGCUGGACUUGUUAGCAGCAGCUGAAACAGAAAGUGACAGUGAAAGUAACCAUAGCAACCAAGAUAAUGCUAGUGGGCGUAGAAGUGUUGUCACAGCAGCAACCGCUGGCUCGGAAGCAGGUGCAAGCAGUGUUCCUGCCUUCUUUUCUGAAGAUGAUUCGCAGUCAAAUGACUCAAGUGACUCUGAUAGCAGCAGUAGUCAAAGUGAUGACAUAGAACAGGAGACCUUUAUGCUUGAUGAGCCAUUAGAGAGAACCACAAAUAGCUCCCAUGCCAACGGUGCUGCCCAAGCUCCCCGGUCCAUGCAGUGGGCUGUCCGCAACACCCAACAUCAGCGGGCAGCCAGCACGGCCCCUUCUAGCACAUCCACACCAGCAGCAAGUUCAGCGGGUUUGAUUUAUAUUGAUCCUUCAAAUUUACGCCGGAGUGGUACCAUCAGCACGAGUGCUGCUGCUGCAGCAGCUGCUUUGGAAGCUAGCAAUGCCAGCAGCUACUUAACAUCUGCGAGCAGUUUAGCCAGGGCUUACAGCAUUGUUAUCAGACAAAUCUCGGACUUGAUGGGCCUUAUUCCUAAGUAUAAUCACCUAGUGUACUCUCAGAUUCCAGCAGCUGUGAAAUUGACUUACCAAGAUGCAGUAAACUUACAGAAUUAUGUAGAAGAAAAGCUUAUUCCCACUUGGAACUGGAUGGUCAGUAUUAUGGAUUCUACUGAAGCUCAAUUACGUUAUGGUUCUGCAUUAGCAUCUGCUGGUGAUCCAGGACAUCCAAAUCAUCCUCUUCAUGCUUCUCAGAAUUCAGCUCGAAGAGAGAGGAUGACUGCACGAGAAGAGGCUAGUUUACGAACCCUUGAAGGCAGACGACGUGCCACAUUGCUUAGCGCCCGUCAAGGAAUGAUGUCUGCCCGAGGGGACUUCCUAAAUUAUGCACUGUCUUUAAUGCGGUCUCAUAAUGAUGAGCAUUCUGAUGUUCUUCCAGUUUUGGAUGUUUGCUCAUUGAAGCAUGUGGCAUAUGUUUUUCAAGCCCUUAUAUAUUGGAUUAAAGCAAUGAAUCAGCAGACAACAUUGGAUACACCUCAACUGGAACGCAAAAGGACGCGAGAACUCUUGGAACUGGGUAUUGAUAAUGAAGAUUCAGAACAUGAAAAUGAUGAUGACACCAAUCAAAGUGCUACUUUGAAUGAUAAGGAUGAUGACUCUCUUCCUGCAGAAACUGGUCAAAACCAUCCAUUUUUCCGACGCUCAGACUCCAUGACAUUCCUUGGAUGUAUACCCCCAAAUCCAUUUGAAGUGCCUCUGGCUGAAGCCAUCCCUUUGGCUGAUCAGCCACAUCUGUUGCAGCCAAACGCUAGAAAGGAGGAUCUUUUUGGCCGUCCAAGUCAGGGUCUUUAUUCUUCAUCUGCCAGUAGUGGGAAAUGCUUAAUGGAGGUUACAGUGGAUAGAAACUGCCUUGAGGUCCUUCCAACUAAAAUGUCUUAUGCUGCCAAUUUGAAAAAUGUAAUGAACAUGCAAAAUCGACAAAAAAAAGAAGGGGAAGAACAGAAUAUGGUGCCAGAAGAAGCUGAAAGUUCAAAACCAGGGCCAUCUGCUCAUGAUCUUGCUGCACAAUUGAAAAGCAGUUUACUAGCAGAAAUAGGACUGACUGAAAGUGAAGGGCCACCUCUUACGUCUUUCAGGCCACAGUGUAGCUUCAUGGGAAUGGUUAUUUCCCACGAUAUGCUGUUAGGACGCUGGCGCCUCUCUUUGGAACUAUUCGGCAGGGUGUUCAUGGAAGAUGUUGGAGCAGAACCUGGAUCAGUAUGUGUUGUGAGCACUUUUAAUUCUGUUCUGCCUGAUAAGAACAUACGUCAGAGAAUAAUUCUGUCAUACAUUUGUUUUUUUUUAAAGAUCCUAACCGAAUUGGGUGGUUUUGAGGUAAAAGAAUCAAAAUUCCGUAGAGAAAUGGAAAAACUGAGAAACCAGCAGUCAAGAGAUUUAUCACUAGAGGUUGAUCGUGAUCGAGAUCUUCUUAUUCAGCAGACCAUGAGGCAGCUUAACAAUCACUUUGGUCGAAGAUGUGCUACUACACCAAUGGCUGUACACAGAGUAAAAGUCACAUUUAAGGAUGAACCAGGAGAGGGCAGUGGUGUAGCACGAAGUUUUUAUACAGCCAUUGCACAAGCUUUUUUGUCAAAUGAAAAACUGCCAAAUUUAGAUUGUAUCCAAAAUGCCAACAAAGGCACUCAUACGAGUUUAAUGCAGAGAUUAAGAAACAGAGGAGAGAGGGAUCGGGAAAGGGAGAGAGAAAGGGAAAUGAGGAGGAGUAGUGGCUUGCGAGCAGGUUCUCGGAGAGAUCGAGAUAGAGACUUUAGAAGACAGCUUUCCAUUGACACUAGACCCUUCAGACCAGCUUCUGAAGGGAAUCCUAGUGAUGAUCCUGAUCCUCUGCCAGCACAUCGUCAAGCACUUGGAGAGAGACUUUAUCCCCGAGUGCAAGCAAUGCAACCAGCGUUUGCAAGUAAAAUCACCGGCAUGCUGUUGGAAUUAUCCCCAGCUCAGCUGCUUCUCCUUCUAGCAAGUGAAGAUUCUCUGAGAGCAAGAGUGGAUGAAGCCAUGGAACUCAUUAUAGCACAUGGACGGGAAAAUGGAGCUGAUAGUAUCCUGGAUCUUGGAUUAUUAGACUCCUCAGAAAAGGUACAGGAAAACCGAAAGCGUCAUGGUUCUAGUCGAAGUGUUGUAGAUAUGGAUUUAGACGAUACAGAUGAUGGUGACGAUAAUGCCCCUUUGUUUUACCAACCUGGAAAAAGAGGAUUUUAUACUCCACGGCCUGGCAAAAACACAGAAGCAAGGUUGAAUUGUUUCAGAAACAUUGGCAGGAUUCUUGGACUAUGUCUGUUACAGAAUGAACUAUGUCCUAUUACAUUGAAUAGACAUGUAAUUAAAGUGUUGCUUGGUAGGAAAGUCAAUUGGCAUGAUUUUGCUUUUUUUGACCCUGUGAUGUAUGAGAGUUUACGGCAACUUAUCCUCGCUUCUCAGAGUUCAGAUGCUGAUGCUGUUUUCUCUGCAAUGGAUUUGGCAUUUGCAAUUGACUUGUGUAAAGAAGAGGGUGGAGGACAGGUUGAACUUAUUCCUAAUGGUGUAAAUAUACCAGUCACUCCUCAGAAUGUGUAUGAAUAUGUGCGGAAAUAUGCAGAACACAGAAUGUUGGUAGUUGCAGAACAGCCAUUACAUGCAAUGAGGAAAGGUCUACUGGAUGUGCUUCCCAAAAAUUCAUUAGAAGAUUUAACAGCAGAAGAUUUUAGACUUUUGGUAAAUGGCUGUGGUGAAGUUAAUGUGCAGAUGUUGAUCAGUUUCACCUCUUUCAAUGAUGAAUCAGGAGAAAAUGCUGAGAAGCUCUUGCAGUUCAAGCGUUGGUUCUGGUCAAUAGUAGAGAAAAUGAGCAUGACAGAACGACAAGAUCUUGUUUACUUUUGGACAUCAAGCCCAUCAUUACCAGCCAGUGAAGAAGGAUUUCAGCCUAUGCCCUCAAUCACAAUAAGACCACCAGAUGACCAACAUCUUCCUACCGCAAACACUUGUAUUUCUCGACUUUACGUCCCACUCUAUUCCUCUAAACAGAUUCUCAAACAGAAGUUGCUACUCGCCAUUAAGACCAAGAAUUUUGGUUUUGUGUAGAGUAUAAAAAGUGUGUAUUGCUGUGUAAUAUUACUAGCUAAUUUUGUAGAUUUUUUUCCAUUUGUCUAUAAAAGUUUAUGGAAGUUAAUGCUGUCACACCCUGGUGGUACCUUAAAGAGAUUAAAUGCAAACAUUCCUUGCUGAGUUUGUAGCUUAAAGGCCUGAGGAGCACUAGCAACAUUUGACUAUAAUGGUUUGCUAGUCAACAACUUCUGGGUCUAACCCCAGCCAAAGAUGACAGCAGAACAACAUAAUUUACACUGUGAUUUAUCUUUUUGCUGAGGGGAAAAAUGUAAAAUGUUCUGAAAAUUCACUGCUGCCUUUGUGGAAAGUGUUUCAGCAAAGGUUCUUGUAUAGAGGGAAUAGGGAAUUUCAAAAUAAAAAAUUAAGUAUG